AUUUGUAAUCGCUAGUGAGAAGGGUUAUUUUACAGUGUGGUAUGUUUUUAGUGUGGUGGCAUAUUGGAAUGGAAAAGACGAGGAAAAAAAUGAAAGUGAAAAGUAUUUAAAAAAUUGAAAUUCCAGCAGGAAUAAAGCAAAAAAUGGAUAUUCAAGAUAUUGAUAUUGAAGAAAUUGAAGAUAUGGAAGAUCUUGCAGUAACACGAAUUCCAAAACGGUAUAUUCGUGAUCAAAAUAAUAUAUUUGAAUUUUAUGAAGAUUCGGAAUUUAAGAAAUGCUUUAGAUUUUGUAAAGAAUCUGUUCUACAUGGGAUAUUACCUAGAAUAGAACAAUAUUUAAGGAAGGUUAACAAUCGUGGUUUACCAAUUGAUCCUAUCGUGCAAUUGUUAGUCUGUUUACGAUUUUAUGCAAGUGCAAGUUUUCAGAUAGUUGUUGGAGAUACAAUGGCAUUGUCGCAGCCAACAAUAUCCAGAAUUGUUUUUCGUGUGUCAGCUCUACUUGCUAGUUUGAUCUCAGAUGUUAUAAAAAUGCCAACUACUCAGGAAAGAAAAAACAAAAAUUAUCAGUUAUUUCAAGCUCUUGGAUAUGGGAAUGGAGCAAUUGGAUUACCUGGGAUUGAUGGUGCAAUUGACUGCACACAUAUACGCUUAACACAUACACGAUUCCAUGGUAUUGAUGAAGUAUUUCGUAAUAGAAAAGGUUAUUUUUCAUUAAAUAUACAGACUGUCAUUGGACCUCGAAUGGAGUUUCUUGAUAUUGUACCAGAAUAUCCUGGCAGUCAACAUGAUAGCAGGAUUUUUAAAAAUUCAAGAAUAUACAUGCGAUAUAUGCAGGAAAGACUAAAUGGUAAACUAGUUGGUGAUUCUGGUUAUCCAGCUUUACCAUUUCUUUUGACGCCUAUAGAAAAUCCACAAACAGACGAAGAAAUAAUGUAUAAUAUUAUUCAUGGAAGAACAAGACAAAUUGUUGAAAGAACGUACAGUGUGUGGAAACGACGAUUUCCUUGUCUGUCAAGAGGACUUGGCACAAAAUUAUUAUGUUCUACAACUAUUGUAGUAGCAUGCGCAGUAUUACACAAUCUUGCUCUUAUGUUCCAUGAUGAACUUCCUGAGGAUAAUGAAAACGAUCCACGUGAUGAAUAUGAAGAAGUGCCAAUAAAUCCUCCACAUUGGCAGCCAAGAGAAGGGUUUGCAGUGAGAGAAGCUCUCAUUGAGGAUUUAUUUCGAUAAAUUAAUUUUGAAAAUAUAUGUUUAUAAUUGUAUCAAUUAUUAGACAAUGUACAAAAA